AUGGAUACUUUGCUGAAGGAGAAGAUAGAUGGAAUUAUUCAGAUGGGUGAAGGUGUCAAGGCACUUUUAUUUGAUGAGGAAACAAAGGGAAUGAUGAGCAAUAUAAUACCUCACUCCAGGUUUCUUGAAAAUGACUAUUUUUUGUUUGAUAGCAUAAUGAACAGGAAAAGAGAGAGGAUUCAAGGAAUAACAUGUAUAACAGUAAUACGCCCAGAAAGUAUCAAAUGGCUUGUUGAGGAAGUUUCUGAUCCGCAUUAUGAACGGUAUAUUGUUCUUUUUACGAAUCAGAUUGAUUCUUUAAUGCUUGAGAUAUUGGCAACAAGUGACAUUCACUGCGUUAUUAGUGAAGUUCAUGAGAUAUACAUUGACUUUUUCAGACAAGACGAGUUUUUAUACACUCUGUUUAAGCGCGGAGAGCAAUCAUAUGAAGGCAGGCAAUGCAGAAGAAGAGCUGUUGAUGGACUAUUUGCAUUUAUAAUGAAUAUGAAGAAAAUUCCAACAGUGCUAGUGCAGAAAGGAUGUAGAGGCCUGACUGAAGAUGCAGAGCAGCUUAGUGAAAAGUUAUCUGGAUAUAACUACGAUCAGGGAGGAACAGUGAUUAUAUUAGACCGAGCAUUUGAUAUUUACACACCACUAGUGUAUGAAUGGAGAUACCAAUCGCUGCUACAUGACCAUGUGAACUAUGAAGAUGGAGUUGCAAAGGUUGGAAAAAAGGCAUACCUGGUGUCGGAGGAUGACUUUUUCAACGAGUGCAAAUUUAAAGACAUAAACGAGAUUUCUGAGAUGAUAAAGGGACUUGUUAAGAGAGCAGAGGUCAAGAAGAGACGAUUGCAAAGUCUGAUAUUUGACGAUCUUGAAGAAAAUACAAAGAUAUCCCAGCAAAUAGAAACACAUCUUGCACUGCAUGCACACAUACUGAAAGCAUGCCUGAGAUUGAAGGAGCCCAGUGAGAUGGAGAUGAAUAUUCUGAAGGGUAAAAACAUAGAUAAGAAUGAAGUAACAAAUUAUCUUCUACGAGCAGAUGCUCCUAGUGUUGAAAGAAGUAAACUUCUUGCCAUUUAUUCAUUGAAGAAUGGAAAGGAUCUGCAGAAAGAAGCAAAUGAUCAUCCAGAUCUUGCAGAUAAAAUAGAAUGCUUUUUGAGAAAGUAUCCACUGAGCAUACAUGCACAUAUGCCAUACAGCUAUCGUUUUGAAGAUGGCAUUGAUACGAAGCUUGGAUAUCAGCCGGCUGUUAAAAGACUUGUCCGUCAUUGGUGGACAGACAAGCUUAAUGACAGAUGCUUUUCAGCCGUGCGUAGUGCAGAAAAUCCAAAGGACUUCGUUAUAGUGUAUGUAAGAAACGGAGUGACAUAUUCCGAAUAUAGAGUAUUAUUUGAAUUCUACAAAUCCAAGAUGUCGGAUCAUUCGAAACUGUAUGUUAUUGGAGAUUUUAUGGUUUCUUACAAAGAUAUGUUUGUUUAA